GCCCUGGCGUCACAUCGAGCCUAUCUGCUGACAGCACGGGUCCCCUCCAAGGUUGAACACUCGUUCAGCUACCUUGAUAUCCAGGGAAUCAGCAGCAACAAGCCCACUCAGCUGGUGUUGGAGCAUGAGCGCGGCCCGUGGAGCCUCCGGCUGGGUUCGGUGGAGGAAGUGGACGAGGUGAUCGCUCACAUCGGCAGCUGUCUGAACCGGAUCUGCCCCGCUGUCCCCCCUGUGAAGGUGAUGAAGAAGCUGAGUCUGAAGCCUCCGGAGAGGGUGGCGUCCCUCCAGGCCGUCUGGGACGAACCGGGCUCGGCAGAUCAGGGACCCUGCGGCGGGUUUUCUCAUCAGUACUGGUGUGUGUGUGAUUACCUGGGCCUGCCGUACAGAGAGGAGGUCCAAUGGGAUGUCGACACCAUCUAUCUCACCCAGGACACCAGGGAGCUCAACCUGCAGGACUUCAUUCACCUGGAGAACAGGGAUCUGGUGGCGAUCAUCGCAGCUCUGGAGUACAACCAGUGGUUCACUAAACUCUGCACCAAAGACUUCAAACUGGCGACAGAUGUGUGCGACCAGAUCCUCAGAGUGGUGGCCCGGUCCGGCCGGCUGGAGGAGCUUGUGCUCGACAACACUGGACUCAGAAGUGAUUUUGCUCAGAAACUGGCCAGCGCUCUGUCGCACAACCCCGCCUGCACGCUGCACACACUGAGCCUGAGCAACAACUCACUGGAGGACAAAGGUGUUGCUGCUCUCAGUGCCCAACUUGCCAAACUGCCCAUGGGCCUGAAGCACCUGAACCUCUCCAGGACUUCCAUAUCUCCCAAAGGCGUGAACAGCCUCUGUCAGGCUCUGUGUGCCAACCCGGCCGUCGCCGCCAACCUCACACACCUCGACCUGUCGGGAAACUCGCUCCGAGGGGACGACAUGCCGAACCUGCACAGCUUCCUGGGUCACCCGAACUGCCUGGAGACUCUGGAUCUGUCCAACAGCGACUGCUCUCUGGAGCAGGUGUGUGCGUCUCUGCUCAGAGGAUCUUUGAAGCAUCUCUCCGUCCUUAACCUGUCAAAGUCCGUCUUCUCCCACAGGUCAGAUAUCAGACAUAACGCCCAUCCUUCUAACUGCAGACAACAGCUGAACACAUCCAAUCAUAUUACAGAUAUAUUACAGACUACAUUAU